GCAGCGCUGUUCUCCGCCCCAGUCGGCUCUAAGGUUCCGCCUGAGGGCAGGAAGCGGAGAAACAGAGACCGGCCGCCUUUCAAAGAACCUGAGUCCGGGCAGGGAAAGUACCAGAUAAGCUUGAGACAUCUUGUUACACCAGAAUGUUUCCUGUGGAAACACAGGAGAUGUUUCCAGUCACACAAACCUGGAUCUGAGUUCAGGCUCUGAGAAAAAGAAAAGCAAUCUCUGAUAUCUAGGAGCUGGCCUGGCACUCACAGAAGAAAGGGAUUCCCCUCCUGGCCCCCUGCCCCAGGGCCCAAGGCUUUGGCUCCCACAGUCCCCAUCCAGGCGGGGCUGGCAGCAGGUGACUGGAUGAGAAAGGCAUGGUGAAUGGGGGCGUGGGCCUUGGCAAGUACACUCCUUGGCCAAUCAGCGGCCUGCCCAGCCGGUGGAUUCAGUUACAAGCCAGAGAUCACCCCAUACUCCAGCCUCCUUCCUACUCCUCCCAAAGCUCCAUUCAUUGGCCCUGCCGCAGGGUCUGCAGGGCACCGCUUCCGCUCAGCUGCUUAAAUCUGCUGCCUCGUGGGCUGCCAGGGGUAGGUGUUGUGGGGGCUUUGUCUGACUGGGCUGGGCCAGGACAGAAUGGGGAUUCUGGUAGUGCUGUUAGGGAUGCUGAGCUUCCUGGGAGUGGCUGUGGGGAGCUCCUCUGCCCUCCUCUGGGACAGCACCUCCUGCCACUUGGCCAGGCCCAUCCCCGGCAGCCCCUUGGGGACCCUGAGCUUUCUGGGCAAGAAUGCCCAGGGACUGGCCCUGGUCCACACCCACUGGGAUGAGCACGGGAGGCUGCAAUCUUGUAGCCAGCAAGUCGAGCCAGAGCUCACUGCAGCCUUUAGUGCUCUCUGUACUGGUGAGAUCACCCGGGGCACCUUCAUCCACACCCCUGGACCUGAGCUGCAGAGAGCCCUGGCCACACUUCAGAGUCAGUGGGGAGACUGCCGAGGGACUGAAGAGGGUCCAGCAGGGGCUAGGGAGAAGCGAGCAGCAGGGGUCAGGGAAGAGCAAGCAGAAGGACACAGAGGAGCACCCAGCAGCAUAGGACACCAGCGGUUGAAGAGAGGCUGGACUAUGCCUGGCACGCUGUGGUGUGGAGUUGGGGAUUCUGCCGGAAACUCCACAGAGUUGGGGAUCUUCCAAGGCCCUGAUCUCUGCUGCCGGGAACAUGACCGAUGCCCACAGAACAUCUCGCCCUUCCAGUACAGCUAUGGUAUCAGAAACUACCGAUUCCACACCAUCUCCCACUGUGACUGUGAUGCCAGGUUCCAGCAAUGCCUGAAGAACCAGCAGGACUCCAUCUCGGACAUCGUGGGUGUGGCCUUCUUCAAUGUGCUGGAGGUCCCCUGCUUCGUGCUGGAGGAGCAGGAGGCGUGUGUGGCGUGGUACUGGUGGGGAGGGUGCAGAAGGUAUGGCUCCAUACCUCUUGCCCACCUCCAGCCCAGGACCCUCUAUAAUGCCUCUUGGAGCUCCCCAGCCACCCCCCAGCCUCCCAGCCUUCAGAACCCAGCCCCUAGCAAGCCACAACAGAAGCAGCGUCCUCAGAAGCGACCACCGCAAUGGAAAGGGUCUAAGCACCCCAUCAAAACCAACACCACAGCCCUCCGGACCCCUGUGGCCUCCACCCAGCCUGAUAUGUCCCCCACAGCCUGGCUGGAGGUCACCCAUCCAGGCCUCCAGGGGCCAUGGAGUGGCCUAAAACCUCAGGAUGUCCGCCGAGCCUGCCGCAGCUUCCGCCACUUGGAUCAAUGUGAGCAGCAGAUCGGGCCUCAGGAAACAAAGUUCCAGCUGCUCAAUAGUGCUCAUGAGCCCCUCUUCCACUGCAACUGCACACGCCGCCUGGCACGCUUCCUGAGGCUCCACAGCCCACCUGCAGGCACCAGCGUACUUUGGGAGCUGCUAGGCACAACCUGUUUCAAGCUGACCCCUCCACUGGACUGUGCUGAGGGCACAGGCUGUUUCAGAGACCCUAGGGCCAUCAAGGUGUCAGCUCGGCACUUGCAGCGACUUCAGCAGAGGCGACUCCAGCUCUGGGGUGUGACCACAGAUGAGGGGCAGGUAUGGCCUUCAAAUCACCCAAGAGCCCCCAUGUCAUUCUAUGACCGGUGUCUGCAGCUGACCCAGGCAGCCUGGAGACCUGACAGGCAGCAGAAAUCCUAGAACCACUGACCUCAGUUCCAGCUCUCCUGGGCACCAAACUGGACCUUGCUCCUGGCUCUGCUAGGCCCUGGGGGUCUUGGCCUACUCUCCAUGUGUUAGAUUGAAGCAUAGCACAGGCCCUUGUGGACAGCCAGGAGGCUGGAUGGGGGGAAGAGGGAGCAAGGCUGAAAUGCUGGACCACGUCUCCUGCUGUGCUGAGCAAUCUUGAGCUGGUGAUACAACCCCUCUGUGCUUGGAUGUGGUGUUCAAGAGGCUCAUUCUGGGGAAUGGGGAAAGGGUAACCUACUACAGCAGCCUCAGGAGGUACUAGUAAGAGGUACAUGUAUCUUCAGGUCGCAAAAUUAAUACGUGUCUCAAGACCCUGCUCAGAGGAACCCCAGCACCCAUCUGCUGAGGCCUGAGGCAGUAGGUCAGAAGAUGGGAUAUCACAGAAGUGCCUGUGUCUGAAUCCAGGAAAGAGGAGGGUGGCUAGAGAGGGCUUCCUAACUCUUCUCCCUGGGGGAUCCCUUCUCUUAACAGCUGCCAUGCCCUUCCUGGCCCAGCCCUGGCCCAAAUCUCUGUGUCCUUGAGCAAGGGGCCUCCCUGACUCUGAGCCUUAGUUUCCUCCUCUGAAAAAGCAGGGUGUAAUCAGGACCUACCUCAUAGGAUUGUUGAGGAUUAAGUAAACCAAUACAUGGACAGUGCUUAGCACCUUGUAAAUGUUCUCUCCCUGUAACAUAGAGCCAAACUGUGGUUAGGUGUCUGAUUUGGAGAGGUUCACCUCCUGGAGGCCUCAGUUUGCCCAUCUGUAAAAGGGGUCUAAGAAUUGCACUGAACUCAAUACCACAACUCAGGGUUGUGGUGCAGAUUAAAAGAGAUGGCAUGUGUAAUGUAUAUAU